GUAGAGGACCAGCACUUACGCAAUGCCAAGUACCACGGUAUAUUGCGUCACCAUUUCAAGAUGUUCAACUACACGGAUUCGCCGACGCAUCCUCGCACGCCUACGGUGCGGUAGUUUACGCUCGAGUUGCAGUUGGAUGCAGCUUUCAAGUAACUCUGGUUGCCGCCAAAACACGAGUGGCCCCGAUCAAGCCCGUAUCAAUUCCACGUUUGGAGCUAAACGCUGCGUUACUUCUAUCUCGAUUGCUUUCUAUUGUCAAAACAUCAUUAACAAUUCCUCUUUUCAGCACGAGCUGCUGGACAGAUUCAGAAAUUGUGCUACACUGGCUUUCAGCUCCCCCUCGACGGUGGAACACCUACGUCUGCAACCGAACUUCUGAGAUAUUGAGCGACUUUCCCCGUAGCUGCUGGAACCAUGUUCGCACGGAAGACAAUCCUGCAGAUUGUGCUUCCCGAGGACUUCAUCCGUCAAAGCUUCUGGAGCAUCGACUGUGGUGGAAAGGUCCGUCCUGGCUGGCCACACCCACCUCUGAGUGGCCACCUUCUACAAGCAAGUUCAGCGUAUCUUCAAGUUUCGAUGUCAACACCGAAGAACGAGCCAUAAAGCCCACGACUCUACAUAACUUUCCUGAUGAAAGUAUACACGAGUUACUCAUCCACAAAUUCUCAACCUGGACGCGUCUUAUAAGGGUAUCUAGCUACUGUCAUCGCUUUAUUCACACUCUUCGAUCCCAUCAUAGGAAUUCGGCACCAUUCCUUACGUCUGAAGAGUUGCUGGACGCACAGCGCCGACUUAUUCGACAUGUGCAACAAAAAUCCUUUGCCAGAGAAUAUGCGCAGCUAGAGAAUCGACGCCAGCUUAAGGCCAAAUCGCAUCUUAUCCGGUUUUCUCCGUUUCUGGAUGAUUAUGGAGUAAUGCGAGUCGGUGGGAGAAUCGAGCAAUCUACACUCAACUACAACGCCAAGCACCCGAUUCUGAUACCUAAAGAUACACCACUAGCUGGACUGCUGGUUCGACAUUUUCAUGUCUCCUAUCUGCACACUGGAGUUGAUGCAACGUUCACCAAUCUUCGUCAGCAGUACUGGAUUCUGGGAGCCCGCAAUCUCGUCAGAAAGGCAGUCUUCCAAUGCAAAUCCUGUUUUCUUCAACGAAAGGGCACAAGCAACCAGAUCAUGGGAGAGCUACCAAUUCCUCGAGUUCAAGCUAGCCGCUGCUUUCAACACACAGGGCUGGACUACGCUGGACCGAUCGCAAUCAAGGAAUCAAAGGGAAGAACUCCACGCAUCGGAAAGGCAUGGUUUUCUAUUUUCGUGUGCCUCACUACAAAGGCACUUCACAUCGAGGUUGUUAGUGUGCUACCUACACAGGCUUUCAUCGCAGCCUUUCAACGAUUCAUUGCCCGCCGAGUGAAGCCUACUGACCUGUAUUCGGACAAUGGAACUACAUUUCAUGGAGGCAAGCAAACUUUGGAUGACAUGAGACGUCUGGCCAUUCAACAAGCCAAAGAUGAGGAACUAGCAGGAUUCUUUGCCAAUGAAGGGAUUUCUUGGCACUUUAUACCCCCGUCUGCUCCCCAUUUUGGAGGGAUGUGGGAAGCUGGAAUUCGCUCAAUUAAACUCCAUAUGAAACGGAUACUUGGAUCAAAGGCUUUAACGUUUGAGGAGCUCUCUACUGUCCUGACCCAAAUUGAAGCUAUCCUGAAUUCACGCCCGCUGUGCCCAACUGGGGAUAAUUCUUUGGAUCCACUGACGCCUGCUCACUUUUUGACUGGAUCUCCGUAUACUGCAUUGCCUGAACCCUGUCGUCUGGAUAUGCAAGUCAAUCGAUUGGAGAGGUGGAAUCAGCUGCAAGCCAUGGUUCAAGGCUUUUGGAAAAGGUGGCAUAUGGAAUAUCUGACAUCUCUUCAUGAGCGGACAAAGUGGCAUCUGGAAACCGAGAAUCUGAAGAUCGACACACUGGUAGUACUCAAGGAGCCCAAUCUACCGCCCUCUAAAUGGAUUCUUGGCCGCAUCACCGCAGUGCACGCAGGAAUCGACAACAAGGUCCGAGUCGUUACAGUGAAGACUGCUCACGGAUUAUACAAACGCCCAAUUGCCAAAAUCGCUGUACUGCCUCUCUGCUGAACAACCGUUCAGGGGGGCCGGCAUGUUUGGGAACGAGACAGCCUGUAUACGCGAACAAGUCACCCUUUAUCUUUGUUUACAUUUGUCUGCAGCUUCAGCGGAGCUUAUCAGCGGAAUCAAUGUAAGCAUCGCACUGCUGUAAUU